AUGAGGAAGAAUACGAGCGAAGUCGACGAUGCCUGGAACCUCCGCGAGCUGGAACUCUUGCAGCAGAUCUCCAUGCUCGAAGCUCGCCUGCUGGCUGCCGAAGACGCUUCCGUAAGCAUCGACUGCCUUCCCGCUGGGCCUGACGAGAAACAGACGGAGAACGCCAUGUCCAACUCCCUGCUGCAAGCGGGUCUUCUGGACAAGCUGCUGGAGGACGCAAGCAAAUGGAGGAUGCACGCGCUAGUGGGCUCGAACCUCCUCCGUGCAUGCCCGCAUGUAGAAGAGUCUCCCGUCCUCCACAGAAGCUCCCCGUCCGUCUCCUCCUUCUUCUCCCCAGCAGGAACAGCAGCAGAGGUUGCCUCCCCCUCCACGAACCUCAAGCGCCAGUCCCUCGUCAAGAAGCUCGCGUCCAAAUUCCAAGUCUUCAUGCCUGGCAGACACUCAGAGGGCAAGAAGUUCGCGAGGAAGGGCAUCAACAAGGAGAACAGGAGCGUCGCGCAUCUCCGAGUCUCCUCCCCUCAAGACUUCUCUCGUCCCGGUCACCAUCGCGUCGCCCUCAUGCCCCUUCAGCUCGCAUCAUCCCCAUACGCGUCAUCGCCGAAGCCAUACGAGUAA